AUGAGCGAGAGCAAGGACAUCGACACUGCGGUGCGAGCCACCAGCCUCGACUUCGGCCGCGAUGGCUAUGGCACCACUGCAAGUGCUUCUGAUUCCCAGUCUCCCAUGAAACAUGGCGAGCCUCAUUUCGUCGAGCCGAGCCCCGAACGUCCUGGCGAUGACGAAGCGGCGAAAAAGAAAACAUGGCGUCAAAAGUUGGCAUUCUUCAAGACAAGAGAUUUUUGGUUCAUCUUGAUCCUCGGCCAGAUACUGGCGAUCUGCAUUACGGGGACAAACACCUUGACCACCCUCCUGGCCAUGGAGGGAACCAGCAUCCCUGCGUUCCAGACACUCUUCAACUACGUAUUGCUUAAUAUCAUCUACACCAGCUAUACCCUGUACAAAUACGGCUUCAGAAAGUGGUUGAACCUCGUCAUCCAUGACGGAUGGAAGUACAUUAUCCUGUCCUUUUUCGAUGUCGAAGGCAACUAUUUUACCGUCCUCGCUUAUCGAUAUACCACCAUUCUGUCUGCCCAGCUCAUAAAUUUUUGGGCCAUUGUCGUUGUCGUCAUCCUUUCCUUCGUCUUGCUCAAGGUGCGCUACCACUGGGCCCAAGUCCUCGGUAUUUUCGUGUGCAUUGGUGGCAUGGGCCUGCUGCUCGCUUCCGAUCACAUCACUGGCUCCAACGGCGGGGACGUUUCUUCUGGCAACCAAUUGAAGGGGGACUUGUUUGCUCUUCUGGGCGCCACCUUCUACGGCUUUUCGAACGUCUACGAGGAGUGGUUCGUCUCUGGUCGACCAUUGUAUGAGGUCAUUGGCCAACUCGCAUUCUGGGGCAUGAUCAUCAACGGCGCCCAAGCCGGCAUUUUCGACCGACAUGCCUUCCGCACUGCGACUUGGAAUGGCGAUGUCGCUGGCUACCUUGUCGGAUACACGCUCAUUCUCACCAUCUUUUACUCCUUGGUGCCCGUCUUGUACCGUUUUGCCAGCGCCGCCUUCCAGAACAUUUCGCUCUUGACGGGCAAUUUCUGGGGUGUCAUUAUCGGCCUUCGAGUGUUCCACCUGCAUGUGCACUGGAUGUACCCUAUCGCUUUCACGCUCAUCAUGGCUGGUCAUUUUGUCUAUUACUUUGGUAAAGGGGUCAUGGGAGAGGCCCAGAAGGCCUGGCUCGGUGAAAACCAAGAACGAGGCAUUGACGGUUUCGGGUCUGCAAAGAGGAAGAUCAGAAAGAUGCAGGAAGAGGGUACCGCUGGGGUCCGGAGGGGAGACGAAGGUACCGAGAGUAUGGGCGUGGUUUAG